UGCUAUGUUAAGGAUGUUCCAGAGAAGAUGGUGUUGACGAACUUCCAAUUGCGGAGGAGAAAGCUUUAAGGGGAAGAGAGAGAAACAACUCUUUGACACAAAACCUUAAUUAGCAAGAAAGAGAGCGGAAGAGGCCAUAGAGAUAGAGAGUUUUCCGACGAGGAGGGAAAAAGAAGCCAAAAGCCCGGCGGCAGCGAUUUGAAAUCUCCGGUUUCCUUCGCUGGCCGCAACAACGACGACACGAUAAGCAGACCAUGGAGAUUAAGUUUUGGUCGUCUCGUCGUUGAUUCUGAGGCUUAAGGCUUGAGGAACCAGAAUAAGAAGAAGAAGAAGAAGAAGAUAUUGGUGAAUGGUGAUGGGGAGGAAGAAAAGUUGUCAUGUUCAUAGUGCUCCUUCCGACGAUGAAACUAUGUUUUCUCACGAUCAUCAUAAACCCAAGAGGAUCUACCAACUCUGGCCUGGUAACAAUAAAUUUUAUUGCGGAGGGAGACUAGUCUUUGGUCCAGAUGCAUCUUCGCUCCUUCUGAGUACUGCUAUGAUUGGAGGUCCUGCUCUCACUUUCUGCAUCCGAAUGGCUUUUAUGAUCGGGAAACGUUAUCCGUUGUUCCACUCUCUUGUAUUGUUGGGUGCACUGUUGCUAACAGUCUUGGAUUUCACAUUUCUCUUCUUAACAUCGUCGAGAGACCCCGGGAUUAUCCCUAGAAACAAAGAAGCACCCGAAGCAGAAGGGUAUGACAUGGUCACUCAAUCCUCAGAAUGGGUAAACAACAAACUUGGUAAUACAAAGAUACCUCGAACCAAAGAUAUACUGGUGAAUGGCUACACUGUCAAAGUUAAAUUUUGUGAUACAUGUUUGCUUUACCGUCCUCCUCGCGCCUCUCACUGUUCCAUCUGUAACAACUGUGUCCAAAGAUUUGAUCACCACUGUCCUUGGGUUGGCCAAUGCAUCGCUUUACGAAACUAUCCAUACUUCAUCUGUUUCAUAUCAACUUCAACAUUCCUCUGCUUGUACGUUUUUGUCUUCUCAUGGGUCAGUAUGCUUGAGGUACACGGCAAGAUGCUGCUGAUGGUCAUCACAAACGACUUCGUAUUUGUUGUUCUCAUCCUCUACUGCUUCGUCGUUGUCUGGUUUGUGGGCGGGCUUACUGUAUUCCACCUCUACCUCAUCUGCACCAAUCAGACAACUUAUGAGAAUUUCCGGUACCGGUAUGACAAGAAAGAGAACCCUUACGGAAAGGGUCUCUUCAAGAACCUAUAUGAGUUGUUCUUUGCCAGAAUUCCACCUCCUAUGAUCAACUUCAGAGACUGGGCUCCAGAUGAAGCUGACGUAGAGGUUGGAUCCAUUGCAUCUGAGCUAGACCGAACAUUUGGACCCCGAGGAGACAAAUAUGAUAUGGAAAUGGAAAUCGGCGGUUGCAGAAACAGCAAGGGUGGUUUGCGGCUCCAGACACUGGAGUAUGACAACAGCAACAUCGAAGAAACUGUCAAGAAGAAAGGUUUUGGUGAAGGAACCACAGAGACGUUUUGCAUCCCUGGGAUUCAAGAACCUUCGUAUAUAACAAGAAACUCGAGUGUUGAUGUGAGAUCGAGGUAGGACAACAACAAAACACAUAGAUCUUUUUCAGAAUCUUUGCGCCUGUGAAAAAUGCUUGAUUACUUGUGUAAACAAUACUCUCUUUAUUUCUAAACCCAUACGCUUUUUGUC